AUGACGUUUUGGACAGAUUCCACCAUUGUUCUUCACUGGAUAACUUCCCCACCUUCUACAUGGAAGGUAUUCGUGUCAAACCGCAUCGCAGAAAUUCAACGGCUUACUAAGAACUUCCAGUGGCGUCACAUCCCUACCACAGACAAUUCAGCAGAUCGAAUAUCAAGAGGAGCAGAGCCCCAGCAGCUACUGCAGGGUAUUCUUUGGUGGAGUGGACCACCUUGCCUGUUACUUUCAGCGGAAGAUUGGCCAGAUUCAAUUUUCGCAUUGUCACCAUCUAUGAUUGAGCAGCAAGAACUUGCUCCACUGCUGAGGAUUACAGCUUACUGCAAGCGGUUCGCAUUUAACUGUAGAGCUGCCAAACAAGAUCGUAAUUCAGGAAAGAUAACGCUACACGAAUACGAUAAUGCUCUAAAAUCGCUCAUCAGCCUAUCGCAACAAACUGCCUUCAGCGUGGAGCUGCAAUACUUGCGUUGUCAAGAUGGAGGCAAACGUUCACUAAGGGAUGCUCAAUUUAAGUCUCCCAUCAAGAACCUCGAUUUGAUGUUUGAUUCAAUUGGUCUACUUCGCAUCCAUGGACGUCUUUCGGAGCUACCAGGAUCCUACGAUAGUCGUUUCCCGAUGGUCUUAGCGGCUGAUCAUCAUCUCUCAAAAUUGAUUGCAAGAUCGAUCCAUCAUCAAACACUUCAUGCCGGACCUACGCAACUACUCGCGACAAUCAGGCAGCGCUUCUGGCCAGUUAGUGGCAGGGACCUUGCUCGAAGGACAGUCCACCAUUGCGUGACGUGUUUCCGUUGUUGUCCAAAAGGGCGCUUCGGUAAAAGUCGGGGUCGCAGUGUACGUUUGUUCGCCGUAAAAGCCGUGGUGCUAGACAUCGUCGCCGGGUUGUCAGCAGCCGCGUGUGUCAAUUCGCUUAGACGCUUCGUCAGUCGAAUCGGUCGCGUUCGCGUAAUACACUGCGAUAACAGCACCUCGUUUUUCGGCGCGUUUCGCGAAGUUAAGGAGAUGCGACAACAAUUCAUCGAACAGCUGAAAUCCAGUCAUUGGGCGAACGAGUGCUUGGAGAAAGGCAUUGAAUUCCAGUUUAUUCCCCCGCGAGCACCGCACUUCGGCGGGCUAUGGGGAGCGGCAGUGAAGGCGUUUAAGCACCAUCUAUACCGCAUCAUGGGGUCUUCACCGUAUCACUUGGACGAUCUACGCACAGCCGUCGCUCAGGCCGAGGGCAUCUUGAACUCUCGACCCUUAACACCGCUAUCCAAUAAUCCAGAAGAUCUAUCCGUGCUCACUCCAGCUCACUUUAUUCUGGAGUACAUCAGCCUUUUGCACCAACGGCCAGCCAAGUGGCGGAAAUCUCCUACCGAGUUCAAAAUUGGUUCGAUGAUUAUUCUGGAAAAGGACAACACUCCUCUCCAACAAUGGCCUCUCGGGCGCAUUGUGGCUGUCUAUCCGAACAAGGAUGGAAUCGUGCGGGUUGUAGACGUGCGAACGCAAGCUGGCAUUCGUCGUAGAGCCACCACACAGGUUUGCUUGCUGCCCAUUGAGGAACCGCAGAACGAAAACCAUGUUGAUUCCGCGCAGCCGAACAUCGAAGAACUACCUUAG